CCGACUGGCCCUGUGGCAGGCAGGCCUAUCCUGACCUGGAGCUCGGUGCCGAGGCCCAAGGCUCUGGGACUGGGGCUGGCCCCUGAUCCUUAGGGGCCGCUAGCUCGGGCACAGGUCAGAGGUCGGGGGUCAGGGUGACCCCGAGUAGUGAACUUGCGCUCCUGCUGCCCCUCCUCCUUCCGUCCCGCCCUCUCCCCAGUCCCCCUUUCCACCCUUAGGUCUCUCUCCCUUCUGCCAGGCGUCCUGGGUGCUCCACGCUCGGCGGGGUGCGGGCAGCGAUGCCCCUAGAAAAUCUUUCCCCGAAGGAACAAAACGGCGCUGCGGGGAGGCCCUCCUGGGAGAGUUUAAAGCCUGGACUCGGCCUGGAAGCUGACAUGUCUGGAAGAAUUAAAAUGUCUCCACUGGGCGCAUUGUGGCUGCUGGGUCAGGCCUCAUUGCUACGAUUUCAGAGUACCCUGGUAAUAGUUGAGCAUGCAAACGAUACCCUAGUACCCAUUACGUUAAACACCAUCACUGCCGCCAAAUGUCUUGGAGGUGAAGUAUCCUGCUUAGUAGCUGGAACCAAAUGUGACAAGGUGGCACAGGAUCUUUGCAAAGUAGCAGGUGUAGCAAAAGUUCUGGUGGCCCAGCAUGAUGCCUACAAAGGCUUCCUGCCAGAGGAACUGACGCCAUUGAUCCUGGCAACCCAGAACCAGUUCAAUUACACACACAUCUGUGCUGGAGCAUCUGCCUUUGGAAAGAACCUUUUGCCCAGAGUAGCAGCCAAACUGGAUGUUGCCCCAAUUUCUGACAUCAUUGCCAUCAAGUCACCGGACACGUUCGUGAGACCCAUUUAUGCAGGAAAUGCCCUAUGCACAGUGAAGUGUGAUGAGAAAGUGAAGGUGUUUUCUGUCCGAGGAACGUCUUUUGAAGCUGCAGCAACAAGCGGAGGUAGUGCCAGUUUGGAGAAGGCAUCAAGUGCUUCGCCAGUGGGGAUGUCAGAAUGGCUUGACCAGAAGUUAACAAAAAGUGAUCGGCCUGAGCUAACUGGUGCCAAAGUGGUGGUAUCUGGUGGUCGGGGUUUGAAGAGCGGAGAGAACUUUAAGUUGUUAUAUGACUUGGCAGAUCAACUACAUGCUGCAGUUGGUGCUUCCCGUGCUGCCGUUGAUGCUGGCUUUGUUCCCAAUGACAUGCAAGUUGGACAGACAGGAAAAAUAGUAGCACCAGAACUUUAUAUUGCCGUAGGAAUAUCCGGAGCCAUCCAACAUUUAGCUGGGAUGAAAGACAGCAAGACCAUUGUAGCCAUUAACAAAGACCCAGAAGCUCCAAUUUUCCAAGUGGCAGAUUAUGGAAUAGUUGCAGAUUUAUUUAAGGUGGUUCCUGAAAUGACUGAGCUGUUGAAGAAAAAAUGAAUCAUGAUCAUGUCUUAAGAAGGCAAACUGUCGAAGUAUUCAGCUGGAAUCAUGGAAAUUCAAGGAUAUUCUAACACUCAUUGGAAAGCUUGGAGAGCUAAAUUCUCAUCAUUUUGGAAAAAAAAAUCUAAGAGAUACCAGGACGCUUUUUCUAUGGGACUGUUAUAUUUCUUUUUAAUUAUUUUUGGUUCCAAACAAUUAUUUUUUGAAAUUUUCUAAUUCUAUAAUAAAAUAUAUAAUAAAGCCUUUCCACAGCUUUAAAAUUAUUAUCAGAAAUAU